AUGGCCUAUAAACUGCUCGUCAUUCUAGGCGCCGGUCCAGGACUUGGACUGGCUACCGCGUUGGAAUUUGCGUCAAAAGGCUUUGACAUUGCAUUACUUUCACGAAACUCCCAGCGCCUUGAGAGCGAUGUCGCGACUGUUCAAGUUACAUCUCCGCUUGUCAAGGUCCAGGCCUUCAAAGUCGAUGUCGGGGAUCAUGUCGCGUUGAAGAACACUCUCCAGAGAGUUGAAACUGAGAUGGGCAUCCCAGAAGUGGUAUACUACAACGCUGCCAGGGUUCAACCGAGCAGAAUUGGAGACGCAAGCCCGCAGUUUAUGCUGGAGGACUUCAAGAGCAUGAAUAUUGGGAUGUAUGUUGCCGCAACAUGGGCACUACCUCACCUUAAUUCCGUUGCCCAAGAGCCAGGCACCAGACCAUCUUUUUUAUUCGGCAACAGCGGUAUCUAUGAAUAUCCCAUUAGCGACUUCUUCUCGCUUUCGAUGCAGAAAGCGGCGCAGACCAAUUUCGCUGGCAGUUUCAGUCAGAUUGCUGGCCCCAAAGGGAUACAUGUGGCCAGUGUCAACAUCGGAGGCAUUAUCAGUGACGGUGACCCGGAGAUGAAUGCUAAACUUAUUGCAAGCAAGCUGUGGGAGUUGUAUUCCCAAGACAAGGAUAACUGGUCAUUUGAAGUCAAGGUUGGGGAUAUCAGGGAUUUGAUCAAGCGAAUGUCUGGACAGUGA